CAUAACCUUAUUUAUUUAUUUUAUUUAUUUAUUAAGGGAGAAAAAAGAAAAAAUUGUGAAGGCCUGUCAUUGGUCGGCCACUCGUCGUCGUCUUCUCCUCCUUCUCCUUCACCCCGCCCAACUCCCUCCCAAUUUGCAGACAGGGGGACCAUUUGUGCGGUGAUAGUCGAGGAUUGAUUAAUUUGGGCGGAACGUUGUCCGUAUAGCUGAAGGACGAGGAAUUGGUUUCGGAGAUUUCGGAAGGGGGAAAGAAAAAGGAAGAUAGGUUUUGUUAUUAUUGUUUUUUGGAAAGUAUUUGGACGAGGAAAUUCCAAGGCUGAAUUUGGAUAGAGGUUUCGAAAAUGGAGGGGACAUCGGCGCCGGCGAUGAGGAGAGACCCAUAUGAGGUGCUUUCUGUGUCUAGAGAUGCUUCUGAUCAAGAAAUUAAGACUGCCUAUAGAAAGCUUGCUCUCAAGUACCAUCCAGAUAAGAAUGCCAACAAUCCUGAAGCUUCAGAGCUUUUCAAAGAGGUUGCAUAUUCAUAUAGCAUUUUAUCUGAUCCAGAGAAGAGGAGGCAAUAUGAUAAGUCAGGAUUUGAGGCACUUGAUGCUGAAGGACUGGAUAUGGAAAUUGAUUUGUCAAAUCUUGGCACUGUCAACACGAUGUUUGCAGCAUUAUUCAGCAAAUUGGGUGUGCCUAUCAAGACUACAGUUUCUGCAAAUGUUCUUGAAGAGGCUUUGAAUGGAACUGUCACAGUCAGACCCCUUCCACUUGGAUCUUCAGUUAGUGGAAAGGUAGAGAAGCAGUGUGCCCACUUUUUUGGUGUAACCAUCAAUGAAGAACAAGCUCAGUCAGGAAUAGUUGUUAGAGUUUCAUCUGCUGCGCAAAGCAAAUUUAAGCUGUUAUACUUUGAGCAAGAUGCAAACGGGGGAUAUGGCCUCGCCUUGCAGGAAGAAAGUGAGAAGACAGGGAAGGUCACGUCUGCUGGAAUGUACUUCUUGCAUUUUCAAGUGUACAGAAUGGAUUCAACUGUGAAUGCGUUGGCAAUGGCAAAGGAUCCAGAAGCAGCUUUCUUCAAAAGACUGGAAGGGCUUCAACCUUGCGAAGUGGCUGAACUAAAAGCUGGCACUCACAUAUUUGCUGUUUAUGGUGAUAACUUCUUCAAACCUGCCUCCUAUUCCAUUGAGGCUCUCUGUGCAAAAACAUAUGAGGAUACUACUGAGAAGCUUAAGGAUAUUGAAACUAAGAUUUUGAGGAAGCGAAACGAGCUACGCCAGUUUGAGACAGAGUAUAGAAAGGCAUUGGCACGAUUCCAAGAAGUGACAAAUAGAUACACACAAGAAAAACAGUCUGUUGAUGAGCUGCUAAACGAGCGGGACAACAUCCAUUCUUCCUUCACAGUUACAAGGUCGAUGAUUUCAAGUGGGAGCGCACAUUUCAGCAAUGGUACUAGUGGCAGCAGUAGCAAAACCCUGGGUGAAGGUUACAAAGCAGGUGAAAGUCCGGGAGAGGAAGAAGGUGGCUCAGAUUCAAAGGAUAAAUCGUCGAAGAAGAGAUGGUUUGGCCUUAACCUGAAAGCCUUUGAGAAAAAGUGAAAAGGUAUUAAAAUUGUUACAUUAAAUAUUUGUUGAGGUUUGAUUCCAUGUUGAUUCUUGCGUGCAUACGCAGCCUUCGUGUUUUUUCAGUGUGGUAGUAUGCUUUUGCUGUUCAUACAUUGCUUCUUGCUUGCUCUUGGGUAUCUGAGGCCUUUUUUUUUUUUCUU